UACUAGUUAUGCAGAAUACGUCAUACAUUAGAUCUUCUUUGAUAAUAUUAACAGUUGGAGAUUUGACCAUUAUUCCUAGUGAAGGUGAACUGAAAUCAACAGGCUCGAUGACGUGUGCGGUCUGCAAACGCGACCUUCCGUGACCUCUGACAGCCUCUUCAUCACUGAGGGGAUCGUAUCAGUAACUAUAAUUAUCAUCUUAAACUGUAGAUCCUGUAGAUCCUUAAACUGUAGAGCCCGGCUAAAUGUUUUGUUCUCUCACAAAACUAUUGGGUUUCUUUGCAAUACCGUUUAUUCGUGUAUUUAGAUUUGCCAGCGAACUGAUCAUUUCAAGAGUUUUUACAAAAGUAUAUCGUUUUUUUCUCCCACUUAUUUCCCCCAUCAGUUCCUUUAGGGGCACAUAAAUAAUCCUAAUUGUUUAGAAACUAUACAGAGAUUUAUGCAAGUCAUACAUUGAAAAGUGCAAUACAUUAAGUUAGGUCACGUACUACAGAGUGUGAACUUUUUUCGUUGAGAUAAAACUAAUUUAACCUUUACUUUAACCAGGAGAGUCAGUUAAACAGGUUUGUCUUGGCGAACUGAUACACAGCGCUGUUUUUAAUCCGUCUGCAUGUCAGAGGUGUGUGUGUGAACUGCGCCCUCUACAGGAGACACUGAGGAACUGCAGGAACAUUUUAGUUGAUGUGUUGCAUACUUUCAUAGUGAAAACAGUGCUCUGAAUAAUCAUAUACUAAUAAUUCCCAGCAGUCAUGUAUCAUAUGUUAGGAGUCAGGAUGGAGGUCUGUGCACUUUUAUCAGUGUAUUUUUGUGCCGUAAUCUGGCUCAUCUUUUGACUGGAAUAUAACAUCUGGUGUAAAUCAUGUCGUGCUGGCCAGUGAUCCACUCUGCGAAGCACAAGCUCUAACCCAUCUGUACUCACCAGCUGGACUGGAGCAAUGGAUCAGUCAGACUCAUUCUGAGAGGAACCGUGGCUUCAGCAUCACAUGUGUGUGUCAGGGCUCUGAGGAUCCACUAACACUAUUGAGUCCAGCGAGAGAAUGUAACUUGUGCUGCAUUCGUGAUGUCUGAGACUAAAGCGGGUUAUGACAGCAGUGUGGCUGGAGCUGAAGAGACAGAGCAGCAGAAAGUGCACCGGCUGCGGCAGGAGUUGCGCCGACUGGAGAGGAAUCGCGACCUUUACUUGCAGGAAGAGGAAACGUUGCGCAAACAGCGCCAAGAGAUCGGCGAGCUGCGCGCAGAACAAGAGCGUUUGCGGCAGAGGCGCGCAGAGAGAGAAAGUCCGGCUAUAAAGGCUGUCGGAGCUCUGCUGAAGCAACGAGACGAGCUGGACAAAGCAAUUGAGAAAGAGAAACAGACCCAAGCAGAGCUGCAAAAGGAGAUCACGAUUAUGGAGAAAAAACUGUCUGAAAAGAGAAGAGGACAGGCUUCCCGCAAUCACAAGUCUCAGCCCCGCGACAUUCAGAAAGCCAUACGCACCACACAGAGCAAACUGGAUCGGUCUCGUGCUCGCUUUAACGAACAGAUGAAGAUAAACAGCCAGCUCAGAAAAGAUAUUGAGACGCUACACAUGCAGCGCACCCAAUUCCAGCAGCUGCAUCGCAAACUGGAGAAGGUAUUGCAAGAUAUUCGUAAGGAUAUCGCUGAAGUCAUCGACAAGUCCGCCACAGCUUACGACGCAAAAGUGGAUGCUCAGACCAAAGCGAGCAUGAUAAAGGAGAAGGCGGUGAAGGACCUGGCGCAGUACUCCGCUGAGAUUCAGGAGCUGGAGAGAGUCAUCGCUCAUGAACACCGACUCAGAGACUUCAUGACCACCAAGAAUAGUCAGAGAGCCACCGUGGAUAACGGGAAAAGAAGCAGACGCAGACAGAAAAGUGACCGAUGUGCGCCCGUGGCAGAGAUGGAGGAGCAGAAGAAGAAGGCGGACGGCGGAGAGGAGACUCCUGACUCUCUGAAGAAGGCGUUCCAGCAGAUUCAGGAGCUGACUGGAGAAGAUGAUUUGGGGAUGCUAGUUACAAAAUUCAUUCAGGGUGAAGAAAGGAACUUUGCUCUUUUCAACUACGUGAAUGAACAGAACGCAGAAGCCGAGAGACUGAGAGAGGAGAUCCAACAGAUUAAAAAAGAUACGGAACAGCUGAACAUAAAAGGUCGCCAGCGGGAACAGGAAAGUCAGACGGCUUUAAAACAGGCGAAGGAUCGGCUGCAGGAGUGUAGAGCGCAGACUCGACAGUAUGAAGCCCAGGCCGAUCACAUCAGCAAGAUCCUCGAUCAGGUCAAAACAGGCAUAGACAGUAUGUUCAGAAACAUCGACUGCGACCUAGGGUGGAUGGAAGGCGUGCUGGGCUCUUCCUCUGGGAUCACAGACGGUAAUCUGAUGACGUACCUCGGCGUAGUGGAGCAGAAGGCCAGCGAACUGCUCACCAUUCAAGCCUUCAUUAGAUGGAAGGACCCAGAGAACAGUUCUGACCUGGAAACGGUGGCUCCGUUGCUGCUGGGUCAGAAAGCAGACGUUCAGACGCUCGAGGCGAUCGUUCAGCCUCCCGUUACCAGGCAUGAUUAUGAGGCAGAGGACGCUUCAUUCGUAGAGGAGGCGGAUCGACCUUUGACCCGUGAAGAACUGCGUCAGCACAUCAUGAGGAAGAACGAGCAGCAGAAAGACGAGUCUCUGCGUACAGGAGCGAGCAAAGACGUGAAAACCCCUCAGAGCAGCAGCAGCACGUCCAGCACCUCGCUGGAGAAUUAACACACAGCCUGCUCCUCUGCUGAUUUUAUUAUGCUUUCUUUUCUGUGCUCAGUCUCUGCUGAAUAUUGUUCAUAGUAAUAAUUCGAUGAUGGAUAAAAAAGCAUUUGUGUCUCUGCUCUGAGUUUAUCUGCUCUCUUGUC